AUGAUUUUUUCUAGUAGAGGCCACGGCGGGCCGAGUUUAUUUUUUCUCAGAAAUAUUUCCAUUUAUUCCGCGUUGGAAUGUAACCAUUACAAAGUAUUAGGAUUGAAUCCGACGGCGACGCAGGCGGAAAUAAAAUCUGCUUUUUAUGAAUUGUCGAAAAAACAUCAUCCUGACAAGAAUCAAGGUUGUGAAAAAAGUGCUAAAAAAUUCAAAGACAUAACGGCAGCUUAUGAAAUAUUAAGAAAUGAAAAGCUGAGAUUGAAUUAUGACAGAGAAAUUUUUAGGCAUAACUCGUCCGCUUAUGCGAGUGCAAAUUCCAGAAUGGAUUACAAUGACGACUUUGAGAAGAAAUACUAUGAGAGAACAUCUAAAAUGAAAAGCAGAAGGGGCUAUGGAAAGACUGCUUAUUACGAUUUUGAUGCUUGGUAUAAAGCUCACUAUGUAGAUUUUCCAGCGGAUAAAUAUUACACAGGGCAUCAUAAUUCAUACACAUACAGAACCACAGUUAAACCAGAGAUGAAUAAUUUAAAACCAACAUUUACCCCAUACCCAUUAAAUAUAUUUAUGAGUAAUGUUAAUAAGAAAACAUAUUACGAUGUAUUAACGAUCAGUAAGGAUGCAACUCAAGCAGAUAUAAAAAAAGCUUAUUUCAAGUUGUCAAAACUUUAUCAUCCAGAUAGAACAGAAGCAACUGAACACAAUUUAACAAAAUUUAGAGAAAUUGUUACAGCCUACGAAAUAUUAGGAAAUGAAAGUUCUAAAAAACUUUACGAUGAAGGUCUUAUCAUAGACUCUAGAAUAAAAGCUUCGGAAGAUUCGAAAGAUCCAAUGGUUAAGUUUUAUGCUGAAAGAUUAAAAAGAGGAAGAAAAGAAGAAGAAUUGAUGGAUAUAUGGACACAAGAACAAUAUGAAAAAGCAAGAAAAGAAAGAAAAAAGAAAAGUCGUUUUUACGAGGGUAGAGAAUUGUACAUAUUGAAAAUACCAAAUACCACAAAUUCUAUAAAAUCGGAAUCAAUUGAUAGAAAAUUUCAUUUACAUUUUAAAUAA